UUCCAGACAUUUUCUCACGCUCAAAACUACCGGAGUUCACAGAAAAAUGGCCGGAAUCAUCGUGGUUUUCGAUUUCGACAAGACGAUCAUCGAUUUGGACAGUGAUAAUUGGGUGGUGGACGAGCUCGGCGCCACCGAUUUGUUCAAUCGUCUCCUCCCUACAAUGUCAUGGAACUCUCUCAUGGAUCGGAUGAUGAUGGAGCUUCACGCACAAGGAAGAACCCUCCACGACAUCGCCGAGGUCCUCAAACGCGCUCCGAUUAUUCCCAAUGUCGUUCCCGCCAUUAAAUCUGCCCAUGCCCUAGGGUGUGAUUUGAGGAUUGUGAGUGAUGCGAAUCUGUUUUUCAUCGAGACGAUUUUGAAUCAUCUCGGAAUUAGAGAAUGCUUCUCGGAAAUCCAUACGAAUCCAAGCUUCGUCGACGAACAAGGAAGGCUGAGGAUUUCUCCUAUCCAUCACUUCCACGAAUCUCCUCACAAUUUCUGCCCUCCAAACAUGUGCAAGGGCAUCGUUAUGGAGAGGAUUCAGGAUUCGUUAAUGUCGGAAGAGAAGAAGAAGAAGUUCAUCUAUUUGGGGGAUGGAAGCGGCGAUUACUGCCCUAGUUUGAAGCUCAGAGAAGGGGAUUUUCUGAUGCCGAGGAAGGACUUUCCAAUAUGGGAGUUGAUUAGCCAAAAUCCUCUUGUGAUUAAGGCCGAAAUUCACGAAUGGAGCGACGGAGAAGAGCUGGAGAGGAUCUUGCUGAGGUUAAUCAACACCAUUUCAAUGGCGGAAAAUGCCCAAUUCUUUUCGCCUCAACAUAUGGCGGUUCCUGCGCACGAGGCCAUGGCUUCGCCCGCUCCCUGCUCAGCAAUGGUGGCCAAUUGAAUCAAAUUCUUCUCCUGUAUUUGAAUAUUAGUGAAUAUAUAAUUUUCGUAAUCGCCGAGCAAAACAACUCUUUUUCUGUUUCUCCUCCAUUUUCCUCUAUCUUGUUCGUGAAGAAACUAUGUACCACGUUUGUAAUUUAGUUUAAAAUAUUUGUAAUUGGGAUGUUUCACUCACAGAUAAAUUGGUCUAA